AUGGCAGAGGAAUGCAAGAUUUCUGCUGCCAUGGUAUCUGAGGAAAGGUCUUAUGCGCGGUCAUAUGUGCUCAAGGUAGAUGGAUACUCCAGAGCCAAGGCGUUUCUCGAGACCGGCAAGUGCCUUACCUCUGACCCUUUCAGUGUUGGAGGGCACGUCUGGACCGUGGAAUGUUACCCAAACGGUGACAAUAGGAUUCAUGCCCAUUACAUAUCCCUUUUCCUACAUCUUGAAUCUGCUGAUGCUGGAGAUGUGAAGGGGAAAUUCACGCUCAGUCUACUUGACAAGAAUGGACAACCGGUGCCUUCAUACAGCCGUGCCUCCCCUAUACUAACCUUCUCAAAGAAAGAUUCAUGCUUGGGCUAUCCUGACUUCUUCCAGAAGGCUGAUCUGGAGCGAUCGGCACAUCUAAGAGACGACUGUAUCACCAUCAGGUGCGAUGUCACCGUCAUCCAUGGGGAAGAAACAAGGAUUCCUCCAAGCGACCUGCACCAGCACCUUGGUGACCUCCUCGAGAAUAAGGACGCAGCAGACCUAAUCUUUCAAGUCGGUGCACAGAGUUUCUCAGCCCACAGGUGUGUCCUCGCUGCUCGCUCAUCCGUCUUCAAGGCGGAGCUCCUUGGCACUAUGAAGGAGAGUUCUGCAGCGAAUCCUAUUGAAAUCUAUGACGUGGAAGCUGAUGUUUUCAAGUCCUUGCUUCACUUCAUAUACACUGACUCCGUUCCUCCAGUGCUUGAUGUGGUGAUGGCCAGGCAUCUACUCGUGGCGGCUGACAGGUACAACAUCGGCAGGCUGAAGCUGAUAUGUGAGGAGAAAUUGUGCACUCACAUCGAUUCCAACAUGGUGGCCACCUGUUUGGCUUUAGCAGAGCAGCAUGGUUUCCAUCGUCUCAAAGAGGCUUGUUUGCAAUUCCUUGCUUCUCCUUCCAAUUUCAAAGCUAUGAUGGCAAGCGACGGUUUUGAGCAUCUGACAUCCAGCUGCCCACAUGUUCUCAAGGAGCUUGUAGCUAGAAUCCUUCCGGCUGAAUGGGGGGUGGCAAAGGACGUUGUCAUGACAAUGUGGAAGUAG